AUCAAACGGAUACAGUAGGAAGGCUAUACAUCGAGAAAAAACAAGUAGAAAGAGUGAAUACCUAGAAAUAUCUGGGAACCUGGGUAAAUGAAAACAAUGACCAAGGUAGAGAAAUAAUGACACGCAUUGAAAUUGCAAGACAAGCAUUUAUAAAAAUGAAAACAAUGUUUGUCAAUCGAGACCUUUCUCUGGAUCUGAGGAGAAGAGCCUUAAGAUGCUACGUGCUCUCGACUUUGUUGUAUGGAAUCGAAAGCUGGACACUAAAAGCGGAUAAUAUAAAGAAGUUGGAAUCAUUUGAGAUGUGGUGCCAUAGAACGAUUUUGAAAAUACCAUGGACCCAACGAGUUACAAAUGCAGAAGUGUUAAGAAGGCUACAAAAGGAUUGCGAGGUCAUAAAGCACAUCAAAACAAGAAAGCUGGAAUAUUUAGACCACAUUACCAGAUGUGCGAAAUAUGAGAUAUUAAGGCUCAUAAUGCAAGGUAAAAUCAGAGGUAAAAGAUCCAUAGGAAGACGAAGAAUUUCCUGGCUGAGAAACCUAAGAGAGUGGUAUAGUUGCAGCUCAGUAGAUCUUUUUAGAGCAGCCGCCAAUAAGGUACGGAUAGCUGUGAUGAAUUCCAACCUUCGAUAG